AUGUCAGUAUCUUACAAGGGAACAAUUUCUAAGACACAUUCUGUUUUUAAACCAGAAAAAGGAAGGUAUUAUAUUUACGGGGCCCUUGGGUGUCCAUUCACUCAUAGAGCCAUUCUUGCCAGGUCUUUGAAGAAAUUAGAACCUGUUCUAGGGCUUGUGUUAUCUCACUGGCAAUUAGACUCCAAGGGUGCCCGUUUCUUACCUGCUCCACACCGGCCGGAAAAAUAUAAAGAGAGAUUCUUUACUGCCACUGGUGGCAUUGCUUCAGCUAAAUUAGACGAAUCUGAGGAGUUAGGUGAUGUGAACAAUGACUCUGCAAGGUUGUUCGUGGAUGGCGCUUUCGACCCGGUGGAAAAUAUAUCAAGGUUAAGCGAGUUGUACUACUUAAAUGAUCCUAAGUACCCCGGUACAAAGUUCACUGUGCCUGUUCUGUGGGAUUCUAAAACAAGGAAAAUUGUUAACAAUGAGAGUGGCGAUAUCAUAAGAAUUUUGAACAGUGGCGUGUUUGAUGAAUUUAUCCAAAGCGAAGAAACGAACGUGAUUGAUCUAGUUCCGCAUGAUUUAAUAGACGAGAUUGAUAAGAACAUCAAAUGGGUUCAUCCGAAGAUUAAUCUUGGUGUCUAUAAAGUCGGAUUAGCAGAAAACGGAAAGAUUUACGAAACUGAAGUAAAAACACUGUUUGAAAACUUGCAGAAGAUGGAAUGUGUACUAAAAGAAAAUUAUAAGCGCUUAGAGGAGCAAUUCAGUGGUAACAAACAGAAAAUCUUGGCUAAAUAUUUUGUUUUAGGACAGAGGUUAACUGAAGCGGAUAUCAGAUUGUAUCCAUCAAUAAUUAGAUUUGACGUCGUGUACGUGCAGCACUUCAAAUGCAAUUUGAAAACUAUAAGGGAUGGUUUCCCGUACCUUCAUUUGUGGUUGAUUAAUCUAUACUGGAAUUACGCAGAGUUUAGAUUUACUACAGAUUUUAAUCAUAUUAAGCUCUUUUACAUCAGGAUGGAAGUAAGUAGGAACAAGAUCAAUCAGUUUGGUAUAGUGCCAUUAGGCCCAAAGCCUGACAUUUCUAGAUUAUGA